AUGAAAUCAUCAAUCACUGUCAUUUCAUCAAGCUUUCCCGUAUUCACCACAAACACGCAGUUCCGUCGGCAGGUUGCAUCUGGCGACCAUCUACUGAUUCUUGAUCUAACAAUCUAUGGUAAGGAGUUGUUGCUCCUGAUCUAUCUAUCUAUCUAUCUAUCUAUCUAUCUAUCUAUCUAUCUAUCUCGUCUGUCUGUCUGUCUAUCUAUCUAUCUAACUAUCUAUCUAUCUAUCUAUCUAUCUCGUCUGUCUAUCUAUCUAUCUAUCUAUCUAUCUAUCUAUCUAUCUAUCUAUCUAUCUUGUGAAUUAUUUUACCUCUUCAUCUAUGCAGCGGUCUAUCUGUCUGUCUAUCUUUAUAUCUAUCUAUCGAUCUAUCUCAACCUCUUCGUAUCUAUUUAUCGAUCUAUCUCAACCUCUUCCGGUCUAUCUGUCCGUCUAUCUUUAUAUCUAUCUAUCGAUCUAUCUUAA